UGUGUUGUGAAAAUGGCGACGCCUCGUCGCUCCUCUCAGCAACAGCAGCCAAACUCCCUGCUGGUCUCCCCACCCCGCAGCUCUCCUUUCCCCUUUAACCCGCCUGGCUCUCCGCCGGCACCCACUGACGAUGCCACCCCGCUUUCCCCGCUAGAGAACACGGCUGACGGGGAGGUAUCCCCUGCCUCUCCCACCAGCACCUCCCCAGCUCUGGCCCUCGCCGCCAGCAGCAGUAGCAGCAGCAGCAGCAGCAGCAGUAGUAGUACUAGCAGCAGCGCUAGCUCCCCGACCACCACCGAGGGUAGCGGGACCAGCCCUGGCUCAACGCCCGACUCGGGCAGCGGUAACCCGGACAGCAGCAGUAGCAGUGGCAGCGGCGGCGGCGGCGGUGGUGGUGGUGGUGCAAACGGGGCUUUUAGGGAGCUGUUCGAAGCCUGUCGAAAUGGAGAUGUGUCGAGGGUGAAGAAAGUAGUGGAUGUAGUAAACGUGAAUGCUAAAGACAUGGCAGGACGCAAAUCAACACCUCUGCAUUUCGCUGCAGGUUUUGGGCGUAAAGAUGUGGUUGACCACCUGCUCCAGAUGGGUGCUAAUGUGCACGCACGGGAUGAUGGCGGUCUAAUCGCGCUUCAUAACGCCUGCUCAUUUGGUCACUCCGAGGUGGUGUCCUCGUUACUGUGUCAGGGAGCUGACCCCAAUGCCAGAGACAACUGGAACUACACCCCGCUCCACGAAGCCGCCAUUAAGGGCAAGAUAGACGUCUGUAUCGUGUUGCUGCAGCAUGGAGCCGACCCCAGCAUCCGCAAUACCGACGGCAAGUCUGCCCUGGACCUCGCUGAACCCUCCGCUAAGGCCGUGCUCACAGGUGAAUACAAGAAGGAUGAGCUGCUGGAGGCGGCGAGGAGUGGGAACGAGGAGAAGCUAAUGGCCCUGCUUACCCCGCUCAACGUCAACUGCCAUGCAAGCGACGGCCGCAAAUCCACUCCACUCCACCUGGCAGCGGGAUACAACAGGGUGAGGAUAGUUCAGCUGUUACUACAGCAUGGAGCAGAUGUUCAUGCCAAGGACAAAGGUGGUUUGGUGCCUUUACACAAUGCCUGCUCCUAUGGACACUAUGAAGUUACUGAGCUUCUACUAAAGCACGGAGCGUGUGUUAAUGCCAUGGAUCUUUGGCAGUUCACCCCUCUCCAUGAAGCGGCAUCUAAAAACAGAGUGGAGGUCUGUUCUCUGCUGCUGAGCCACGGUGCCGACCCCACCCUGCUCAACUGCCACAGCAAGAGCUCUGUGGACAUGGCGCCCACUCCGGAGCUGAAGGAGAGACUUACAUAUGAGUUUAAGGGCCACUCACUGCUCCAAGCUGCUCGCGAGGCCGACAUGGCCAAGGCUAAGAAGACCCUCGCUCUGGAGAUCAUUAACUUCAAACACCCUCACACACACGAGACUGCACUGCAUUGUGCAGUUGCAUCACCACACCCAAAGAGGAAACAGGUGACGGAGCUGCUGUUAAGAAAAGGAGCCAAUGUCAAUGAGAAGAAUAAAGAUUUCAUGACACCUCUCCAUGUGGCGGCAGAACGCGCUCACAAUGACAUCAUGGAGGUGCUACAAAAACAUGGUGCAAAGGUCAACGCCCUCGACACGCUGGGUCAGACGGCGUUGCAUCGCGCGGCGCUGGCAGGCCACCUUCAGACCUGCAGACUGUUGCUGGGAUACGGGGCAGAUGCCUCACUGGUGUCGCUGCAGGGCUUCACUGCUGCUCAAAUGGGAAACGAAGCCGUUCAGCAAAUACUCAACGAGAACGUCCCAGUGAGGAACUCAGAUGUGGACUACAGACUUCUGGAAGCUGCGAAAGCUGGAGACCUGGACACUGUCAAGUCGCUGUGUACUGCUCAGAAUGUGAAUUGUAGAGAUCUGGAAGGACGACACUCCACUCCUCUUCACUUUGCUGCUGGCUACAAUCGAGUGUCCGUGGUGGAGUACCUGCUGCACCACGGGGCAGAUGUGCACGCCAAGGACAAAGGUGGUCUGGUCCCUCUCCACAAUGCCUGUUCGUACGGUCACUACGAGGUGGCAGAGCUGCUGGUCAGACACGGAGCCUCAGUCAACGUGGCAGACUUGUGGAAGUUCACGCCGCUCCAUGAAGCUGCUGCUAAGGGCAAAUAUGAGAUCUGCAAACUGCUGCUCAAGCAUGGAGCAGACCCCACCAAGAAGAACCGAGACGGGAACACGCCUCUAGACCUCGUGAAGGAUGGGGACACUGACAUUCAGGACCUUCUGAGAGGAGACGCAGCACUUCUUGACGCUGCAAAGAAAGGCUGCCUGGCAAGGGUGCAGAAGUUAUGUAGCCCUGACAACAUUAACUGCCGGGAUACACAGGGACGCAACUCAACACCUCUGCACCUUGCAGCCGGCUAUAACAACCUGGAGGUAGCAGAGUAUCUGUUGGAACAUGGAGCCGAUGUGAACGCACAGGACAAAGGAGGGCUGAUACCUUUACACAACGCUGCUUCAUACGGGCACGUGGACAUAGCCGCCCUGUUGAUCAAGUACAACACGUGCGUUAAUGCCACAGACAAGUGGGCGUUUACACCCCUGCACGAAGCAGCACAGAAGGGGCGGACACAGCUCUGUGCUCUGCUAUUGGCCCAUGGCGCCGAUCCUACAAUGAAAAACCAGGAGGGGCAGACGCCGCUUGACUUGGCAACGGCUGAUGACAUUAGAGCAUUAUUGAUUGACGCUAUGCCUCCAGAUGCCCUGCCGAGCUGUUUGAAACCCCAGGCCACUGUGGUCAGCGCAAGUGUGGUGAGCGCAGGUGCGUCAGGGGGCGUGGUCAUCUCUCCCUCUCCGUCUCCGUCGUGCCUGUCUGCAGCCAGCAGCAUAGACAACCUGACCACCACCAUCGGUGACAUCACUGUGGGCGGGGCCACUGGACCAGCAGAUGGAGCAUCUGGGUCUGAGAGGAAAGAGGGAGAAACUCUGCUCGACAUGACCAUCAACCAGUUCCUGAAGAGUUUGGGGCUGGAACACCUCAGAGACAUCUUCCAGCGGGAACAGAUUUCGCUGGAUGUGCUGGCAGACAUGGGUCAUGAAGAGCUCAAAGAGAUCGGCAUCAACGCUUAUGGUCACAGACAUAAACUCAUCAAGGGCAUCGAGAGGUUGCUGGGAGGCCAACAAGGUCCAAACCCCUACCUGACGUUCCACUGCUCCAGUCAGGGCACUGUGCUGAUUGACCUGGCAACCGAUGACAAGGAGUUCCAGUCUGUGGAGGAGGAACUGCAGAGCACUAUCAGAGAACACCGUGAUGGAGGCAACGCAGGAGGAGUCUUCAGCCGCUACAAUAUCAUUAAGAUUCAGAAGGUGGUGAAUAAGAAGCUACGAGAGAGAUAUGCGCACAGACAAAAGGAAAUUGCAGAUGAGAAUCAUAACCAUCACAACGAGCGAAUGCUCUUCCAUGGUUCUCCCUUCAUCAAUGCCAUCAUCCAUAAGGGCUUCGACGAGCGACACGCUUACAUCGGUGGCAUGUUUGGCGCUGGCAUCUACUUUGCUGAGAACUCCUCCAAAAGCAACCAGUACGUGUACGGGAUUGGUGGAGGGACGGGAUGUCCCACCCACAAAGACCGCUCCUGCUACGUGUGCCACAGGCAGAUGCUGUUCUGCAGAGUGACGCUGGGGAAGUCAUUUCUUCAAUUCAGUGCAAUGAAAAUGGCCCAUGCCCCCCCAGGACACCACUCUGUCAUAGGACGACCCAGUGUCAAUGGACUAGCCUACGCUGAGUACGUCAUCUACAGAGGGGAGCAGGCGUACCCAGAAUACUUGAUCACCUACCAGAUAGUGAAGCCGGAGAGUCUGGCCACGCCUGCUGCCAGCCCAGAGCAGAAGUCCUAGAAAUCACAGCCGGAUGUAAAGAAGGCCAGACUGCAAAGAACUAGAGCCUGUCUCUAGGAGGACUAGAACUACACUAGUUGGCAUUUCAAAGCUCAGACCCUAAACUUGAAGAGUCCGGAGCUGGACCUGAGCUGGGCAGGAUCGAAGAGUCGACCCCUCAGACAGACGACCCUCAGAAAUGAGACGUGGAAUGUGUUAAAACAGAAGAAGCAACGGAGAAGAGGAGACAGUGGCUUUUAGUGUCAGUCUAUGACACAGAUACAGUGCAGAGCAGACAACAGGUAAAAGUUGUCCGAUUGUUUUGAAAUAAUUGAACCCAGCUGAAAACGAUAUUUGAAUCAACAUUUCUUGAGUUUAACCUGUCAGCACUUUUUCAAUGUGCAGGCCUCUGAUUGGAGAGAUUACAAACAGCAGAUAGAACAGGACAUAGUCCAAGGCAAAAACAAACAUCUCUGAUUUUGUACCUUUCCACUGCUACUCUAUAUUCCUCCACUGUAGUCUAUCCCCUGUUUUAAUGUGAUGUUUAGAUAUCGUGUCCUAUUUCCGCUUUGUGCAUUAACAACCGCGACAAAACAACAACCCAAGGCCACUCUCAGAAAGAAGCAGUUCUGGUGCGGAGAGAACAAAAAUCCAGCACAUUUUAUGUUACAGCUUUCACCACUGAGGCUCAAUGUCAACAAGACACUUCUCCCUGUGUUCCCUCACAUCUUUUCUGCUGUAAACAAAGACGAAAUUCUGAAACGAGUGUGACGGAAGGAAAAGUCAAACCCGAUUAUAGCGCACGAAUACCCAGGAGAAAAAAUACAGGGGACCACAAUCCAGCAGUUCAUUUCCAUCCUCCAGCAAGUGAGCCCAGCAGAACUUCAAAUCCACACAGUAGAAUAAAACAUGUACAUCACAGAUUUAUUCAGAAGAGGGUUUCAGUCCACAGUUGGGGCACAGCUAAGUUUGCAACAAGCAAAGCAGCAACUCCAUAUCGAAGUUUAGAUAUUGUGUCCUAUUUUCAAAUUGUGCAACGUCAACCGCAACAAACGAACAUCCCAAGGCCACUUUUAGGAGUAACACUCGUCACGCUGAGAGAGCAGAAAUCCAGCACAUCUUAUGUUACAGCUUGUCAUGUUUUCACCAGCAACUACUAACCUGUAUGUGCCUGAAUGAAUCUGACAGCAUGACAUCAACCCUACUACUCUUUCAGCCUUUGUUUUAUAUCUUGAGAGUCAUUUUCAAAUUGUUAAUGCAGAAGAUUUGGAAGGCUUUUAAUUGGCUCUGAAAUGAUGUUUGCUGUAGAGUUCAGCUCAGUGAGCAUGAAAGAAAAAAAUCUUAAUUUAGUAUUUACUUGAACCAGGAGGACCACAAGACUUUGACACUGUUCUUUUUACACUCGUAGCACACAAGCUUUUCUGAUCAAUUUGUUCAGCAGAUCCCUCUAAAGCUUCAUAUGGCAACUCAAACUACAUAACAGAACAAUAGGAAUGUGAUGUCCUUGAACUACACACACAAAGCUCUGUGUGUACUUACAGACUCAUUUAUGACAAAAGGACCCAAACAGAUGGAUACACAAAAUGCAUUGAAAUGAGUUCUCUCUGGAUAAGGUGCUCACCUGCCAGUUUUUCCUUUCUGGGUAUGAGAAGUGAGAAGUUAGCACAGGAAUAAUUAAAGGACAAAUAUUGACUUUGGGCAUUAUUCUCUGUAGUCGUGUCGCAGUCUUUACCUUUACAUCUGGAACAUCUUUCUAUUUAGUUUUUUAAAGUCAUUCAAAGGGUCUCACAUUUCUCCCUUUUCUGUUGUUCUAUUUCCUCUUUAUCAAGAACUGUUGCUGCCACCUAGUGGUGAAAGAAAAUCAUUCCACUGUAUUUUGCUGUGGAGUACAGCUGUACUGAUUCUGCAAUGUACUAUGUAUGUGUAUUUCUUUGAGGCAUUCUCCAUUUUGUUUUUUAUUCUUUGCAAAUUUUUGUUCCCGUUGUUUUGGGUCAUGUUUUUUUAUAUUUCUGGGUUUUCACAACUCCAACAUAACAAAUGUCCAAAGUGAAUUUUAGCAGGCCAUGCAGCAGACUGGUCACAGACUUCAUGAGGACAUUUUUAGAAACCAGAAUUCUGCAAUUCUUGACCUUUGACCGUGACAAACUAACAUGUCAUACAAACCUCAGAACAAGAUUACCGUUCUACUCACACUACUUACUGUUAGCUAAAACUGUUUUUAGUUUUUAUUCUGACCACGUUUGUCUUUUGUUUAUUUAUUUACAGUUAUUAUUUUUAUUUAAGCUGUACAACACAGGACCACACGUGGGUCCAGCAGUGCUGGAGGUUAAUGGACUCCUUGAACAUUUUGGAAUGAAACUUUUUGGUCUUCUUUGGAAACUCUUGUGUGAUAACUAAAAAUCAGACAGAAGAGAGAGAGGGUUGGUCUGUAUCCAUUACAUUUUAAUGUGAUGGGUUCAUCUUUUGUUCUUGUCCAGGCUUUGUUCACACUGGAGUGUUUGUUAGUCAAACUCAGAUUUCAGCUGAAGUUCAUCCCAACAGCAAUGAAUGAUACGAUAUUUCAGUAGCAGCACAUUUCAGCACAUUAUAAAAUAAUGAUUUGCAGGGAAAUGAGAUGGAGUAGAAUGACUGAUCCGUUAUAGAAAUAAGUACAUGGAACAACAGUUGAUGACUAAAGCCAAACUUAAACAAAGUGUUAUGUUACAUUUGAAUUGGGAAUAUGUUAAACAGUUUCAUCACUGAUAAACUGUUAACAUAAUAUUGACCCAUGUAUUACUUGUUUAAAAAAAAUUAUAAUUAAAUUGGCUAAAUAAAUUGUUUGUUUUUUAAUCUCUAAAAGUUUUUUUUUAAAUCCGACAUUUCACCAAACUCCUAAUUACAAACCACUCAUCACAUUUAGAGAGGUGAGGGGUGAGGGGUGCCGGUAGCGAUGGUUUAAAUCUGGAACCUGGAAUGACAUGCACCUUUCCCGCAAUGUCAUUCCCUGAUUUCCAACUCUGUCCACUAUCCUAGCUCUACAAUAACACUCCCCGAAGGCCCCCAAGUAAUGUAAAGAGUUGAUCGCUAAGUCGUGUUUUUCACACCUUCAGAGUCAGUUGUGGAACAAAGGUUUCAGAUGAGAUGGUGGUGUCACUGUUGUCUCUCUGCAUACAGAGCAGGUGGAGUUUAUGGUGUCGACCUCAAAUAAGGUCACAACACUAAGAUUUAAUACCAGAGAGCUGUGGGUGCUGUUUUAAAUAGGACUGUACAUAAACUAACUCCAGAUGGGCCUUUUAACAGGUUUUUAAUGGGUCAUUUUAAGUUCUUUUCCUUUUUCUUUUUUUUUUCCCUUUGAAAAACUUUUCAAAGGCUUUUUUUAUGUGAUAACUAUCUGAACUGUGUUGGAGCUGGUUUGUCUCUGUUUAUUUGUGACAAGGGGCCAGUCAGCCAUCGUGUUGUAAAUAGUUUUGAGAGGUGUGUGUGUGUGCGCGCGUGCGUGCUUGUGUGGUCAAUCAUUCGAUCCAUGAUUCACCUUCUGAUCUGCCUUCUACAAAAGCCACACGUUUGAUGAUCACAUUUCCUCUCAGUAAAGUUCGAACUCCUGUUGUACAGUCGGUUGUACAGAGCUGCCAAUCAGCUAAUAUGUGGAACAAAUGCUCUUUCUUGUACAGAAGAAAAUACUUAAUAAAAGAAAUUAACAGAG